CCCUGUUUUCCACUCUCCAUGUUUCAGUGCAGCAUUUCUUGGUUGCUCUUUCUUCUUUGCAAUAAUAGCAAGUGAAAGGCCAAAUACACGCUGCCAUGGCCGAGGAGGAGAAGUAGCAGCUGCAAAGACAAACAGUUUCCCAAGACCCCAAAAGUGACUGACAGACAGCACAGACAGCUUAAAUUGGGGCUUUGAAAGUAAAUACAAAGAAAAUGCACAUAGGACCCCAUUGGACAAGGCGUCUCUAAAACUGGACCGUGGGCUGUACUUUUUAUAGGAUUGUUUUUCUUGUGUCGUCGGAUAAACAUGUGCUUGCCUGGUACUGAAUCUCGAGGAAUUAUAAAUGGUGGUAAUCACCCUCUGAUUCCAAAGCAUCAUGUAGUUGAGGACUAUAAUGGAGACUUGACAAUGAGAGCUAGAGGCGAAGGCGGCGCCACCACCACCUCCACUUCUUCUUCUACUUUCAUUCAGACCUUCCUUCAACGCCUCCACCAGCUCCCCAAUAAUGGCCUUCUCGAAGGACUUCCACUUACUGAGAUAGGACAAGAGUUAAGAUCGUUGGUAAAGAUUGGGGGGCCAAUAGUGGUGACAUCUAUUCUCAUAUAUUCAAGGUCUCUAAUUUCAAUGCUGUUCUUGGGGCGUCUUGGGAAAACAGAGUUGGCUGGAGGUUCAUUGGCCCUAGGGUUUGGAAAUAUUACAGGCGUCUCAAUCCUGAGCGGCCUCUCAAUGGGAAUGGAUCCAAUUUGUUGCCAAGCUUAUGGAGCCCAAAGAUGGGCAAUUCUCAGUCAAACCUUUCAGAAAACAGUUUGCCUCCUCCUGCUUGUCUCCAUACCCAUUGCACUUUUGUGGCUCAACAUGGAGCCCAUCUUUAUAUUGUUGGGUCAGGACCCUCAGAUCACAAGAGUUGCCAAAGUUUACCUGGUUUUCUCCAUCCCUGAAUUGCUAGGUCAAGCUCACCUUCUACCAUUAAGAACCUUCUUGAGAACACAAGGCCUAACAACCCCACUAACCCUAGCAGCUGCAUUUGCAGCCCUCUUGCAUUUGCCUAUCAACUACGUUUUGGUCACAUACUUGAAUUUAGGGGUAGGAGGUAUUUGUUUGGGCCUUGCUUGCAACACCUUACUAUUUAAUUUGGGCUUGCUCAUUUACCUAACUAUCUCAACCCAUGCUUUGAAACCUUGGCAUGGGCUUACCAUGAUCUCUGCCUUUCAAGGAUGGAAGCCAUUGAUAAGUUUGGCAUUGCCCAGUUGUGUUUCAGUGUGCUUGGAGUGGUGGUGGUAUGAAAUAAUGUUGUUCUUCUGUGGCUGGUUGAGUAACCCACAAGCCAGUGUUGCAGCAAUGGGGAUUUUAAUUCAAACCACAGGGAUGUUGUACAUUAUCCCAAUUUCUUUAAGGGCAUCCAUAUCGACACGUGUGGGCCAUGCGUUAGGAGCCGGGCAACCGACCCGGGCCAAGUGGGCUGCCAUAAUUGGGCUUAUUGUGGCAUUUGCUUGUGGACUCUCAGCAUUCAUCUUCAUGACUGCUGUGAGGUCCAAGUGGGGGACUAUAUUCACAGAUGAGCCACAAAUUCUUGAUCUGAUUUCAACUGCACUGCCAGUUUUGGGCCUGUGUGAAUUUGGCAACGUUCCUCAAACAGCUGCCUGUGGAGUGUUAUCAGCUACUGCAAGACCUAAGCUUGGAGCCAGAAUAAACUUGUAUGCAUUUUACCUCAUUGGAUUGCCAGUUGCUAUUCUUGGAACUUUUACAUUCAAAAUUGGGUUUCUUGGGCUUUGGUUUGGGCUACUUUCAGCACAGGCUUCUUGUGUUUGUAUGAUGGUGUACACAUUGAUUCACACAGAUUGGAACCACCAAACAAGAAGGGCUGAGCAGCUAACACUGGGUGUGCAAGAGACUCAACUGAAUGAGGAGAAAAAAGAGGAUGAAGAAAGUGGGCUGCUACCUCCUACUGCUGAGCUCUGAGUUUACAAAAUAUCAAAGUUUCAGGGAUAACUCAGUACAAAUUAAUCAUAUUUGGUCAGAAAUCACAAAAAAUUUCUCUCUUUUUUUGGGGGUGUUUACAGCAUUGGAAAGAAACAAAAAAAAUCAAAAUUACUUGAUCAUUAAUUAUUAAAUGUAAUGUUAAUACAUCAUUUUUCCUUCACAGCUCCCAUAGAUUAUCCUUUAUGUAGUAUGAAAGAAAUAUUAAUGUAAAAAAAAAACAGGCCAUAUCAUUUGCACAGUUGA